GGAGGCGAUGGCGGCGGCAGCUGUGGUGGCGGCGACAGUCCCGGCGCAGACGACGAGCGCGGACGGCGCCUCCUCAGUGCAUUGGUUCCGCAAAGGGCUGCGGCUCCACGACAACCCCGCGCUGCUAGCGGCCGUGCGCGGGGCGCGCUGUGUACGCUGCGUCUACAUCCUCGACCCGUGGUUUGCGGCCUCCUCAUCUGUGGGCAUCAACCGGUGGAGGUUCCUACUGCAGUCUCUGGAAGAUCUGGACACAAGCUUAAGAAAGCUAAACUCCCGUCUGUUUGUAGUCCGGGGCCAGCCAGCUGAUGUGUUCCCUAGGCUCUUCAAGGAAUGGGGGGUGACCCGCUUGACCUUUGAAUAUGACUCUGAACCCUUUGGGAAAGAACGGGAUGCGGCCAUUAUGAAGAUGGCUAAGGAGGCUGGUGUGGAGGUGGUGACUGAGAAUUCUCACACCCUCUAUGACCUGGACAGAAUCAUCGACCUGAAUGGCCAGAAACCACCCCUUACCUACAAGCGCUUUCAGGCCAUCAUCAGCCGCAUGGAGCUGCCCAAGAAGCCCGUCGGCGCUGUGAGCAGCCAGCAGAUGGAGAGCUGUAGAGCCGAGAUCCGGGAGAACCACGAUGACACCUAUGGCGUGCCUUCCCUGGAGGAACUGGGGUUCCCCACGGAAGGACUUGGCCCAGCUGUCUGGCAAGGAGGAGAGACAGAAGCUCUGGCCCGCCUGGAUAAGCAUUUGGAACGGAAGGCCUGGGUUGCCAACUAUGAGAGACCUCGGAUGAAUGCCAAUUCCCUGCUGGCCAGCCCCACAGGCCUCAGCCCCUACCUGCGCUUCGGAUGCCUCUCCUGCCGCCUCUUCUACUACCGCCUGUGGGACUUGUAUAAGAAGGUGAAGAAGAACAGCACGCCCCCCCUCUCCUUGUUUGGACAACUCCUGUGGCGAGAGUUUUUCUACACAGCGGCUACCAAUAACCCCAGGUUUGACCGAAUGGAGGGGAACCCCAUCUGCAUCCAGAUCCCCUGGGACCGCAACCCUGAAGCCCUGGCCAAGUGGGCCGAGGGCAAGACAGGCUUCCCUUGGAUUGACGCCAUCAUGACCCAACUGAGGCAGGAGGGCUGGAUCCACCACCUGGCCCGGCACGCUGUGGCCUGCUUCCUCACCCGCGGGGACCUCUGGGUCAGCUGGGAGAGCGGGGUCCGGGUAUUUGAUGAGCUGCUCCUGGAUGCAGAUUUCAGUGUAAACGCGGGCAGCUGGAUGUGGCUGUCCUGCAGCGCUUUCUUCCAACAGUUCUUCCAUUGCUACUGCCCUGUGGGCUUCGGCCGACGCACAGACCCCAGUGGGGACUACAUUCGGCGAUACCUGCCCAAAUUGAAAGGGUUCCCCUCUCGCUACAUCUACGAGCCCUGGAAUGCCCCUGAGUCGGUUCAGAAGGCCGCCAAGUGCAUCAUUGGUGUAGACUACCCGCGACCCAUCGUCAACCAUGCUGAGACAAGUCGGCUCAACAUCGAGCGCAUGAAGCAGAUCUACCAGCAGCUGUCGCGAUACCGGGGACUCUGUCUUCUAGCAUCUGUCCCUUCCUGUGUGGAAGACCUCAGUCACCCAGUGGCAGAUCCCAGCUCUAGCCAGGUUGGGAGCAUCAGCAACACAGGCCCCAGACCCAUAGCCAGUGGCCCAGCCUCCCCUAAACGCAAACUGGAAGCAGCUGAGGAGCCUCCCGGUGAAGAAUUGAGCAAGCGGGCUAGGGUGACAGAGAUGCCUGCCCAAGAGCCACCGAGCAAGGACGCCUGAGAGUGAGUCCUGCAGAAGGAGCUAGAGAGUCAUCGCUCCAUGACAAAGCCCGGGUACCUGAACUGCCACGGCCUACAGAGAAUCCAGUCACCAACAGACAGCGGACGAGUGUAUGUGUGUGUGCAAAGGAGGCGUGGUGUGCCGUUUGUGUGUGCAUGCAUCUGUUUACACUCUCGUGAUCCUGAAUGUUGCCUCGGCUGAAAGACUCUGGAUCAUCCUUGUCACCGGAGCUGCUUCCUCAUCUCCAGACACAGGACUAGAAACCACAGCAGUGACCUUCAGCCCAGAUCUGUUCCUGGGAGCCCCCUUUCUUGUUCCAGUAGAAAGUGGUGGUAGGGCCCUAGCUGGAAUUCUGGUCUCUGCCUCCCCAGACUCUCCUUCCCCUCAGAUAGCUGGAGGACCACAUUUUUUGACCUUCACCUAAAGUUUGAGGUUCCAGAGGUAGCCAGAGUCCUGCUGGCUUAGAUGACACUAGAACCUGAGCAACUGGAGCAGAUGCUUCUCCUUCAGACAUACCUAGCCUGACCAUGCAUAUCUGUCUGUGUAGGACCUUCUAGAAGCCAGGUGAGGACUAGACUCCAGUCCUCUGUUCUUUCCCUAGCCGCUAGGGCCCAGCCUCGGCCUCCCAGGAGCUGUAGACAGGCCAGGGUCAGGGCUGGUGGAGGAAACCAGGUCCCAUGGCUUAAAGGCCGCAGCUCCUCUGGCCCAUUCCCAGGCAUGUGCUCUAGCAAGUACUGCUGCUAUCCAGCCAGGCAAGCUGGCCAGUCUGUUCUGCGGGCUUCCAGGGCCCACCCUGGACUAGUCAGCACCCAUACUGCCAUGUCAGCUCUUCAGGACUUAGACAGAGGGACCUCAUGAGGGCUGGGGCACUACCAUGGGCAGUUGGUAAAAGGUCAAAUAGAGAUGAUACCUGACACACCAUCCCCUUUCCCAGAGUGGCAGUGGAAGGUUUGGCCCAGAGAAGCCAGGCCUGUGUUCCAGGGGAGCCUCCUCUCCCUAUGUAUGUACUGCCCUACAUACUCACGCUUCUGACCUCCUGGAGAUGCUGUUGAGUCAUGUGGAGAUAGCAGUUAUGAAAAGAAGGAUUGUGGGUAACUGAGCAAGUCUUCCUUCCACUUCCACCCCCGUGGCCUGCACAUGAGCCACAGUGUAUGCGUGUGGAGUGAGUGAGUGUGUGUGUGUGUUCCUGUUUGAAUUUUUGUUCUCACAUGUAACAUUAAGCUGGCCUCUGUGCCCUUUCCUCUCUACCUCCCCUGUGACCUUGCCGAGCCUCAGAGUUGUUGAUGCCCUUGGCCCCUGGCCUUCACUGUGUCAGACCAGAAUCUGGGGCCAGGCUCCCCUCUUCUCCAGCUGUCCAGCACAUCUGACAGGCUUCUUUUUGAGAUGACCUCAGGUUUUCUCAGCAGAGAGCUGCCUUUAGUCCAUCAUUCUGACUAUAAACGACAUAUGGUCGAGUGGAGAAACGGCACGAGUGAUGUGUAUUUAGAGCCCUGGGGUUUGGCCUCCCUGCUCCUGAGCCCCAGGCUCAGAGGAAAGAGCCAAGGGAUCUUGCUGGAGGGAAGUAGAGUGAGCCUGGAGAGCUGGUCUGGGAGGGUCAAAAACUAGGUCUGGGUCCAGGAUUCAUUUUGCAACACUUUCAGCUAUGGGGACAGAGUACCCUCUGCUCUUUUGAGGAUGGCUUUCUUCUCAAGGUACAAGUUGACAAGAUCACCUGCCCCUCCACUGCCUUGACAUGCUGGCCCAUUUUCAGGAUAGCUUCCCAAUGAAGGAAGCAGAGCUCCACUCCAGAGCUACAGGAUGGAGUGGCCUGGAGCCCUGGGGUGACUCCAGGCCUAGCUUGAGUGGCUCUGAGGCUGUCACAGAGCAGUGCCCCGUGUUCUCCUGUGACCUAGCAUGGGGAAGAGAUGGUCACAGGCAAGAAGCACUUUACAGUGUUCCCUGUUGUUGGGAAGGUUGUGUGUCUCCCACAGUUUGUUUGUGAAUAUUCCCAUUUUAUAAACGUCUGAUCCUGUC